GACGGGACGUGCGAGCCGAGAGCUGAGCCGCUACGCCUUGUGCAGCACUUGGCAUAAAUAUAUGGCAGGCUGCUGUAACGCCCAUUCUGCACUGGGGACGGCCAGGCCGUGGCCGGACGGCGUGACGAGACGUUUCACCUAGAGGCUCCGCGCGGCCCAGGCCAUGGCGAGCGCCGCGAGCGCCGCCGUCCCGCCCGUGGCCGAGGAGAGCGCCGGCGGCUACGGCCUCCCCGCCGCGCCCGGCGUCAAGGAGGAGCUUCAGCUGGAGGCCGGCGCCGACGAGGGCCCCGCGCAGAGCGUCGCCAUGGGCAUGAAGUUCAUCUUGCCCAACAGAUUUGACAUGAACGUCUGCUCGCGGUUCGUGAAAUCUCUGAAUGAGGAGGACAGUAAAAACAUUCAAGACCAAGUGAACUCUGACCUUGAAGUGGCCUCUGUCUUAUUUAAAGCUGAAUGCAACAUCCAUACUUCUCCUUCCCCCGGUAUCCAAGUAAGACAUGUUUACACUCCAUCAACAACUAAGCAUUUCUCUCCAAUAAAGCAGUCGACUACCCUAACUAACAAACACAGGGGAAAUGAAGUCUCUACAACGCCUCUGCUUGUAAAUUCUUUAUCAGUUCACCAGCUAGCUGCUCAGGGGGAAAUGCUGUACCUGGCUACCCGUAUUGAACAAGAAAAUGUAAUCAAUCAUACGGAUGAAGAAGGCUUUACCCCUCUGAUGUGGGCUGCUGCUCAUGGGCAGAUAGCAGUAGUGGAAUUUCUCCUUCAGAAUGGUGCAGAUCCUCAGAUCUUGGGGAAAGGGCGAGAAAGUGCCCUCUCACUGGCUUGCAGCAAAGGAUACACAGAUAUUGUCAAAAUGCUGCUUGACUGUGGAGUUGACGUCAAUGAGUAUGACUGGAAUGGAGGCACACCUCUACUCUAUGCAGUGCACGGGAACCACGUGAAAUGUGUAAAAAUUCUUCUUGAAAGUGGUGCUGAUCCAACUAUUGAAACAGACGCUGGCUAUAAUUCCAUGGAUUUGGCUGUCGCCUUGGGCUAUCGGAGUGUUCAACAGGUUAUUGAGUCUCAUUUAUUGAAGCUACUUCAAAAUAUCAAGGAAUAACAUAUGUCUUUUCUGUGGCUUUCAGCUUUUGGCUUGAAGAUAUGGACUUCUUUUUAGCCCUGUAAUCAGUGAUAGGGGUUGUUUAUUUUGUACCUUUACCUCAGUUUAAAUAUUUAACUGACUUCAGUAAGCUUUUUAAUGUGCUUCCUCUUCUUUGGUUUCUAUUAAUAGAAAUAUGUGAUGUCAUUCUUUAACCUAAAAAAAAAAAGUGUCAGUUGUGCAACGUGAAACUUUGUGAAUAAAAACAGUUUAGAUUGUCUAAAUGUUCACCCUGAGUGCAAUAGGCAGUGUUGUGCCAAGUGUCCAGCUUCAUCUCCUUUAUAAUAGAGUAUAAUAGAGAAGAAAUUUGUUUAGAGCUUGAGGUAUAGUACCAUAGGUGGUAAAUGUCUUUACUGUUAAUAGACUCAAAUGUUCAUUGUGCGUGAUGUUUUUGA